UGAUUGGUUGUUUUUAAAUUAUUUAUUGCUUGGAAAAAUUUUAUAAAUAUUUAAUUUCUUAUUUUACCGGGUUAGUCCCAUUGAGGUAAAUCUCUUUUACAAGACAGACCUGGACAUGAAGGGCAACAUAUUUAGUUUCUGAUGAUACAACUCAAAAGCAUACAAAAAGAACAAGGACACGCAGAAUGUGCAAAAAUACAAUCAAGUGCAAAAAGCAAUCAAAUUACAGCUUAAACGUUUGCAAUUUCAAACCGAAUCUGUUUCCAGCUCCUUUACGAUAAGUUUAAAUUCACUGAGAGAACAGUUUUUAUUUUCUUCCCCUUUAUCUUUUGACCCUGUAACUCGGCACCAUUACUGAAAAUGGGGGGUGUCUUUCCCUCGAUGUGUCACCGAGAUCUAAAUAAAGGUGUGGGGCAGUUUAAAGGUCGGUUUGCAGCCUCCUCUCUUUGAAACCCACGAGGCGCCGCUGGUUGCCAUGUCACCGGUGUGCAGUAAAUUGAUUUUUCCGAGCAGCAGGCCCUGCUCGCUGGCUGUCAAAACAGCUAACCGCUUUGAUCCUUUCAACGGCGUCACCCACACGCGCCAGGUCUCUCACGAGAAGCCUGCUGCCGGUGACCUCGCGUUGCAGUCACGAUUCACACUACCCUUGCCGCCCCGCCCCACACUUCCCGUCAUUCCUCAUCAGUGUAUUUGAUUAACAUCAAAUGAUGUCCUGGCAGUUGCUGACAUCAUUUGAUGUUGCUGAGGUUUUGUUAAAGGACAUUCAGAUCCUUGUAGGGACGUGUUUAGUCGUGACAUCAGAAUGUGCACAUAUUACCAAGAUAGGCUACCUGUUGAGGCUGUCCAGUUGGAGCACGCCGUUGACCAGGCAAAUACUGGGGUUGCCCUCGGCAGUUCCUCAGUUCCCAAAAGAGCGAGCGGUGUAGCCUACCUGGGAUGCCAAAUGGACUGAUGAAGCAUGAGACAACGCGGAACACGGCCCGCGAUUAUUCACAAAUACCCAAAGAUGGGCAGAAAAUGGAAUCCGUGGGAAAAUGGAGAAAUAUUCUAUAGCACAUACGUUGGAUAAGAAGUUGAGUCACAUGAAGAACGGCAGGACAGGAAUGAUUGGAAAACAUCUUCAAGGCACCUUCAAGUUUCACGAUUAUUUACGAUCGGCGUUUCCUUCAGAAUGUGCUGCAGCUGUGUGCUGACAUGGAACCCUGUACAGAAGACAAUGAACAGACACAGUUAAACGAAGGUUCCUGUCCAGACCUGAUGAUGAGUAGGAACGAGCAGCUGGAAGCCCGGCGGGUGGCCAUGGCGCUGACCCCCCAGCUGCCCCCCCGGAUGCACCGGCCCCUCUGCCUGUCCAUCUCCUCCGACAGCAACGGCCGCUUCAAAGCCCUGGAGACGCAGGAGUGGAAGAACAACCUGAAAGCUCAGAUGGAGCAGGCCCACAGCGCCGGGGCAGCCAGCAGCACCGGGUCCCUGGAGCGCGCCUCCCUCUUCUGCGCCUCCGUCGGCUCCACCCCCGCCUCCAGCUCGGGGGGCCUCCCCAGCCCCGUGGAGCCCCUCACCAAGAGCCGCUCCUCCAGCCGCUUCGCCCUCUUCUCGCCCCCCUGGAACAGCAGCUCCGAGUCCGACUCCAACCCGCCGUCCCGCUCCGGCUCCAAGAAGCUGCGCAAGUACACCCGCAGGGGCGGGGCCGGGGGCGGGGCCUCCGCCAAGGGGGAGGAGCCUCCGGACGCCAAGCCCGCCCCGCAGGCCGAGCACUUCCACUACGCGGAGCCCUUCAUCUCCAAGGUGACGGACUACAUCUACGUGGGCAACCUGAACGCGGCGUACAGCGGGCGCACGCUGUGCCGCAACAACAUCGACAGCAUCGUGGACAUGAGCAGCCUGCCGGGCGAGAGCGGCCUGCGGCUGAUCCCCUGCACCUGCUCGCGCGGCGCCCGCCACACCUGGUCCCGCCUGAAGGUGGACAUCGGCGACCUGUCGGACUCCGGCCAGCGCUGCUUCCAGGACAUCAACGAGUGCAUCGACGCGUCGGCGGGCAAGCGCAAGCGCGUGCUGGUGCACUGCCGCGACGGCCACUCGCUGGCGCCCACCUGCGUCAUCCAGUACCUGAUGGUGCGCCAGAACAUGCGGCUGCUGGCGGCCUACGAGCUGCUGCGCUCCCGCUACCCGCUCAACAUCGAGGAGGGCCACCAGGACGUGCUGGUCGGCCUGGAGAGGGCGCUGCGGCCCGGCGCCGACGUGGACCCCGAGUGCUUCAAGGUGGCAAUCUCCCGCAGGGUGGCCUGGACCUAGUCCUGAC